AUGGAUAACGCAAAAUAUCACAAGAAGUUGCCGCCCAACACACCCCGAAAAGGGAGUCGGAGAUCCGACAUCCAGGCUGCUUCUAAGUUCUAUGGCUUGCCUUACGCUGAAUCUGAUACAAGAGCGAUCAUGUGGGAAAAGUUGUCACGGCACACUGCUGAGCACGUAGAGCCAGAGAUUGUGACGAUGGCGAAGAAGAAGGGUCACAAAGUAGUGUUCACGCCUCCACACUACUCUGAUUUGCAGCCGAUUGAGUAUGUGUGGGCAAAUGUAAAGGGAGAAGUUGAGCGCCAGUACACCAAGGAUACUACAUUCCAACAGGUCAGAAGUCGGCUUGAUACAGCUUUCAAAACUUUGUCGUCGAAAACUGUUCAAGGCUGCAUUGACAAAGCAAGAGCCCACUUGGUGGAUCUGAAUGCUUAG